UUUUAAAAGUAAUUGAUUACAUUAGAUUACUUUUCCUCAUUGUAAUCAUGAUUACUUGUGAUUACUUUAGAUUACAUUAUUUGUUUUUCAGUUUUUUCAUAGUUUAAAUGUUUCAUUUUAAAAAAACAGUGCAUUUUUUGACAGGACUCUUUAUUCUGGUAUCAAUGUAAUUUGUUGCAUUAUUUACUAUUUUAAGUAGUUUUUGCAUUCCCCGAUAUGUAUGCAGAACAGUAUCUACAUUUGGCUUUCACAAUACCCGAUGAUGUUUGAUCAUCAGAAAACUCAAAAUGUUGUACAGCAGACAUCUUUCUCUAAACAAAGUCCAACUAAAAGUGACCCUUUAAAUAAUUUUCCCAAUUAAAUAAGCACAGUAUGUGAACUGUUUUCUAAUGCGCCUAAAAGCAAGGACUGUUGAAUAGCAAACUCAUUGUAUCAUGACUGGACAUGAAUUUAAACAUGCCCAAGGGCAAUAAAUACUGACCAACUUUAAGACUGAACCUUAUUCACUAAAUAUAAGAUCCAAUGAAUAAUGAUUUCAACCUAUUGAGUUUUGCCAUUGUAAUCAUAAAAGUAAUCAAAAAUUAAUCAUGAUUACAGGACUUUUUCACAGAGUAAUCGAUUAAAUUAUGAUUACUUGUAAUCAGAAAAAUGGAUGAUUACUGAUUACUCAUGAUUACUCAGCAACCUGUAAUCGAUUACAGCUGAUUACGAUUACUGAUUAUGAUUACCCCAUCCCUGGAACUUGGUUUACAAUAAUUAGGGCCCCUUCACUGCGGGUGCCCUAUAGUAAUCAGUCUGUCCGUCUGUCUUUCCUUUCAUCUGCUUGGCCAGAUACUUUACCCACAGGGAUUCUUUUGGUAAAGGGUGUGCAAUGACCUCGAACCAUUUUCUAGGUUCAAGGUUAAGGUCAUAGCAGAAUUUUAAAAAAAUCCUUGUCUGGAGCAUAUCUUCUAUCCCCUUCUUCCAAUCUAGCUCAUAUUUCACUUACAAAGUGUCUAUGGUCGAAGGGUGUGCAGUGACCUGCAGGUCAGGGGUCAAGGUCAUAACGGCCCAUGCAAAAAAAAAAAUCAGCACUUAUAUAUGCUUUUAACUUAUCCCUAUUUGAUUCAUACUUUUCAUACUCAGAGCUUAUAAAUUACAGGUUUGUAGUGACCUUGAACAAAUUUGCAUAGGUCAAAUGUGAAGGUCAUAGCAGAAUUAUACGAAAAAUCCUUGUUCGGAGCAUGACUUCUCUUCCUUUGCUCCAAUCUGGUGCAUAUAUCACCCACGUGAUGCCUUUGAUUAAAGGGUAUGCAGUGGCCUUAGAUGAUGUUUGUAGGUCAAAUGUCAAGGUCAUUUAGAUCAAGCUAAAAUCAUGUUUUAAGCAUAUACAUACUCUCCUUGUAGCCCCUGUUUGGCUAAUACUUUACUCAAACAGAGCUUUUUGGUUAAUGGCGUGCAGUGACCAUGAUCAAGGUUAAUGUGAAGGUCAAAGCAGUUCACUUUAUAAUCAGUUUUAGACCAUGGAUUAUUUCCCAUUUGGUUAAUAUGUUCAGAUUGAACAAAAAUGCCUGUAUGUAAGGGGUAAUGAGAUUGAAUAAGAAGUUCUAUGCCAGCUUGAAAAUUUUGAAGAUAUACUGUGAAAUCAUUAAAACCCGUUGGGGCCAUUUUUCAUGGAUUGCUUAACUUUUACAGGUUCAUGGGGAUAUAAUUAUGUGUAUUCUUUUUUAUCAUCAUAAGAACAUAUGAUUUUAUAACAUCUAUUUUUUUAUUUUGUGGAGGAUGUUAAUUCGUGGAUGGGAGGUACCCACAAAUUCCACGAAAAUUGAGCCACCACAAAAUCUAAUGAUUUUACAUAACUAAAGAAGGAUGGAAAAGAAAUGGUGGAAGAAGAUAGAGAAAUAUGUUGAUAAACUAGUAGAAAAAGGCCAGCAAGUGGCUGUGCUACGCUUCAACAGUAGAGCAAAGGCAAUAGAUUUUAGAGGAACAUCCAACCUGAAAAAGUUUGUAGAGGAUGGAUCGGUUAUGGAAAAAUUCAUAGAUGCCGCAUCUGGCUCUUAUGGAGUCCAGAUGCCAUCUAAAGAAAUUGUACCUGUUGGUUUGCCUGCUCUUGCACCUGAGGAAAUUAAUUUGCCUAACUUGAGAAAGGUGGUGGGAAAUUUAGUUGGAGCAUAUGCUGUGCAUGGGUAAGUGGACUUGGUAAGUGUUAUGUUUUGGUAAGUAUAUAUCAUCAUGGUGGUCUACAUAGAUGUGGUGUGUGGCAUUUUUAUCAUAGUACACUCUUGCUAGAUGAACUAUACAGGCAAUCAUUGGUUAUCUAAAAUCACUGAAAUUAUUUCUCAAUAAUAAUUUACUUCUCAUUUCUGUUUUAUGAUAGCAAAACAUAAACCUUAAUUAAUAAGCUUCAGUAUUAUUAACAAUACAUGCCUAUCAUUUGAUAUCCUUUGUUAUAUACAAUAUAUUCAUAAUGAAAAUAACAUUCACUUUUCUAUUAUAUAAUUGAAUGAUUCCUAACUCUCUAAUUGGCUGCAAACCAAUGUGCUGUAAAUCAUAAAAGUUAUAUUCACCAGCAUUGAAUCAAUUGAUACUUUAGGUUAAUAUGUUUAUAUUGUCAACCUUUGAAAUUUCAUUGUUUCUCAAAGUAUUUGGCAAACACAUAAUAUUCAUCAGAUAUAAACAGCUAAGAAAGAUGGCAGAUAUUGCUACAUGGGUUUCAAUCAUUUCAUCACAUAAAGAAAUAAUUACUUUUUAUAUUAGCCGUCAGCAUUAUAAUUUAGCAACCCACAAAAAGCUAUAAUUCACAUUGUUUUGAGCCAGUUGAAUAUUGUUCCCGUGAGGUAGAUUGUAUUCACCUGAAAAUAGCAAUUUAUAAUUGUCAAAAUUUUAUCCUUGCUUUAAUGAUGCUUACACUGAUGCAAUAUUUCACAUUCAUUACCAUCUAAUCACUUGCAAUGUAUUUGUAGAUUCCCUCUGCAUCAUAACUCAUUGGUUUCGUACUUAACCUGUAUUCAUAUAAUUUUUAUCCUUUUUUGUAUAUUUAUUAAGGGUAAAUGUAAAAAAAAAAUGGAAACACCAAGUAAUAUAAUUAUCCUUUUUCAAGCAUAAUAUGUAUUGUUACAAGAUAAAGAGCUUUUACAUGUAUGAUAAACAGUAUUUUUAUUAUAGUAUAUAACAAGUAUGGGAUAGUCAGAGGAUUUUGGGGUAUUGAAAGAUUGACCCCAGAAUGGUAUCCAAAAGAUGUUCCAUUCGUUUCACCGAAUGACAACAAGAGAAAGGAAGACCGGUUGAAGAGAGAAGAGUGUGUUAAAGUGAUAAAUUCGUACAAAGCAUUUGUACUGAGCGGAAAAUGUUCCAGCAAAAAUUCAUCCAGUCAUCAUAAACAGGAGACCUAUUUUACGGAAAAGAUGGAUGUUGAUGAGCCAGGUCUGGCAGAAAGAGAGGACAAGACGGAUGCUGAAGAAAUUAGACCUGAGCCUGUUCUUGAAGAUCCCAAGAAGGAAAAGGAGAAAGUUGAAUUACAUGAGCCCAGUGUUAAAGAUUCAAAGGCCAAUGUCCAUGAGCCAGGUCUGGCAGAAAGAGAGGACAAGACAGAUGCUGAAGAGCCUGUUCUUGAAGAUCCCAAGAAGGAAAAGGAGAAAGUUGAAUUACAUGAGCCCAGUGUUAAAGAUUCAAAGGCCAAUGUCCAUAGCGCCUCACACAGUUCCAAACAGGAUACAGACCCAUUUUCAAUGAUUCAGACUAUUUUGAGCUCUGCAACUAAAGGUGUGCCCAAAAUCAAGCCAGGGACACGGUACCAUGUUUGUGGGGAGGUCCUGGACAAGGGCGACUUCAAUACCCUAAAAAACCAAAAUUGGUUGAAUGAUAAGGUUAUUAAUGCAUACCUGGCCCUUCUAAUGUGGAAUCAAAAUAAGGAGGAUUCAAAUCACAUAUUUGUGAUGCCUUCUUAUUUGGCAGUUCUCUGGGAACUUGGCAGGUUCGAUACUUGGUUGUAUCAAAAGGUACGAUUAUCUGCAUUUAGAUGGAUUUUUCUACCAGUAAAUGUUCAUGAAAACCACUGGGUACUGCUUGUUGCCAAUGUUCCCCAGAGAUCGGUUACCAUCCUUGAUUCAAUGAAUGGGGAGAAUCACACUUUAAUACAGAGAUGGAUGAAGUACAUGCAUAUCCGGGAUAAGCAUGUGAAUGAUUUGCAGUGUUCGUGGACUGUAGGACAGCUACAGUCACAAAGACAGACGGAUGGGAGUAGCUGUGGUGUUUUUGUUUUGAUGAAUGCUAUGGCCCUUGCUUGUGGCAGUAGUUUGGAAGCAUUAAAUAAAGACUGUGCCAUGAACAUGAGAUUGUAUGUCCUUAACCAACUACUGGAGGCAAGUAGGGUGCCACCAGCACAGAGGACACUCUGUGAUAUGGAAGGAUGUAGGAGACCAGGGCAGAGAGAAGCCUGGAUAGGAUGUGGUGUGUGUGGUAGAUGGUGCCAUUUUGUGUGUGUACACAUCACAGAGGCGCCAAUAGAGGGUUUUAUAUGCCCGAUCUGUGUAGCAAGAUAUGAAUGAAGUUUAGCUAGAUUUAUAUUUGUCUUCAUUUAAAGCUGACAUAAAUUCACUCUAUAUGAUUUUGUCUUUUAUGCAGACAUGCACUGUUCAUAGCCUUUUCUUAAUCCUUUUUUUAUUUGCAUUAAAAUAUGAUGAGUCCAAAAUUUUGUAACCAUUUUUAGCUCACCGAGACGAAGUCAUGGGGAGCUUAUGCUAUACCCUCGGCGUCGGCGUAUUGACCUGGUUAAAGUUUUUGUUGCAGGUCCUGUAUCUAAGCUAUUACUUGUCCUAUCUUCACCAAACUUGCAUCUGGACCUACUUAUGGACUUGAAAGACUUGGAUGCUGAAUCUGAGUCCUAAAUUUCAGAUGCUGGAGGAGGUUAAGGUUGUUGGACCAGGUUAAAGUUUUUGUUGCAGGUGCCCUUUGAUAGCAAUAUCUAAGUUACUGCAGGUCCGUACUUCACCAAACUUGCAUGGAUGGUGUGUCUUAUGAUACUGAUGCACCAGACAGGCUUGAGUGCUGAAUCUGAGCUAUAGGUUUCGGAUGCUGGAGGAGGUUAAGGUUUUUGGACCAGGUUAAAGUUUUUGUUGCAGGUGCCCUCUGAUGAUUAUAUCUUAGUUACUACUGGUCCGUACUUCACUAAACUUGCAUUGAUGGUGUUUCUUAUGAUACUGAUGCACCAGGCAGGCUUGGGUGCUGAAUCUGAGCUAUAGGUUACAGAUGCUGAAGGAGGUUAAGGUUUUUAGAGCUGGUUAAAGUUUUUGUUGCAGGUGCCCUCUGAUGAUUAUAUCUUAGUUACUACUUGUCCUAACUUCACCAGACUUCCAUGGAUGGUGCGUCUUAUGAUACAUGCAUGCUGAAUCUGAGCCAUAGGUUUUGGAUGCUGGAGGAGGUUAAGGUUUUUAGAGCUGGUUAAUGUUUGUGAAACAGGUGCCCUCUGAUGAUUAUAUCUUAGUUACUACUUGUCCUUACUUCACCAGACUUCCAUGGAUGGUGCGUCUUAUGAUACUGAUGCACCUGACAGGCUUGAAUGCUGAGUCUGAGCCAUAGGUUUCAAAUGCUGGAUAUGGUUAAGUUUUUUGGAACAGGUCACAUGUUUAAUAGAUAAUAGUACUAUUUCAAACUUGCAUAGUUGAUUAAACUGUAAUAUGAAUGAAUCACAGAGGAAGCUUCAGAUGCAGGACUUGAUCUCCAUUAUCAAGGAUGCUAAAAAAUAUAUCUUGGUUAUUACAGGGCCUAACUUCACCAAACUUGAAUGGAUGGUGUGUCUUAUGAUACAGGUGCACCUGACAGGCAUGGAUGUUGAAUCUGAGCCAAAGGUUGCGGAUCCUGGAGCAGGUUAAGGUUUUAAUUGCUAGUGCCCUCUGAUGAUGAUAUCUUAGUUAUUACUGGUCUGAACUUCACCAAACUUGCAUGGAGAUGUGUCUCAUGUAUACUGAUGCACCUGACAGGCCUGAAUACUGAAUCUGAGCCAUAGGUUUUGGAUGCUGGAUGAGGUUUAGUUUUUUUGGAACAGGUCUCAUGUUUUAUAGAUGAUAGCUUACAUAGUUGAUUUAACUAUAUUAUAAAUGAAAUGCAGAGGUUUCUUCAAAUGCAGAGCCUACAUUGUAUACAUGUGCAGUUAUUUAAUUUGUUCAAACUAACGGUAAUGUAUUUUUGCAUCAACUUUUAAAAUGUAUACAUAAAGAAUGCUUAAUCACUUAAAGUUCUUUUGGAUCAAUGUUUAUUGUCUCAUAAUAAAAUUGCUCUCUUAAAAUGUA